AUGCAGAGGCCUUACCCUCCGAUCUAUAACACUCCACAAUCGAAUUCUCCGGCUUCAGUCACUUCGCCUCAAACGCACGACCAUGGGAGGCCAAUGUAUGGACAGCCAGGCUCACAAUUGAGUCAGCCACUUUAUGGUUAUCCACAGUAUCCGUCAAUGAACCAGGUGCACCAGCCACCGUAUUCAACUCAUCAUGCACAGACUCAGCAGCAUCAAAUGAAUUCUCAGCCUAUGCUGCCCUAUCAAUCCAAUACUCCUCAGAUUUCCCAAGGUCAGGUCGCUCCACAUCAUUCGACGAUAUCGAGCAGCCCCAGACUCAAGUCUGAGGCAAACCAACAGUACCAGCAAACUCCACAGGCACGAACAAGUAUGAUCCCACAGCAGCAGCAACAACAACAACAGCAGCAGCAGCAGCAGCAACCCCAACAGCAACAUCCUGGGCCUGCUCCGCCAAAUUCGACUCUCCAGCAAGCUGCGCAGCACCACGCCCAGCAACAACAGCAGAAUCAGCAAGCUCCUAAUGCUCCUCCGAAUUCAAAUGCUGCCCCUGGGCCAAUUCCUGCAACCACUCCAUUAGUAGUACGUCAAGACGGUAAUGGAGUUCAAUGGAUUGCUUUCGAAUAUUCCAGAGACCGUGUCAAAAUGGAGUAUACUAUUCGUUGUGACGUUGAAUCGGUGGACGCCAAUGCUUUAUCACAGGAAUUCAAGUCCGAAAAUUGCGUUUAUCCACGUGCCUGUGUACCCAAAGAGCAGUACAAAGGAAACCGUUUGGCGUACGAGACUGAAUGCAACCAAGUUGGAUGGGCAUUGGCAGAAUUAAAUACCUGUCUUCGGGGAAAGAGAGGAUUGAUUCAACGAGCUGUUGAUAGCUGGAGGAACAGCAACCAAGAUCCACGUCUGAGAAGUCGACGAGUGAGACGACAAGCGAAAAUGAACAAUCGUUCCAAGUUGUCCGCUUCCAGCGCAGGUCAAGCACCUGGAUCAGCUGGCUCCGUCUCCACCGGGCUCCCUGGUCCAAAUUCAAUGGCAGCUCCAAGCACAAGGCCCCCUGGUCCUCUGUCAAAUGCUCCGUCCCAGAUCCUCCAUCACCCCCAAGACGUGUCCCCCACUGGGCAAGAGAGCGUUGGAGCUCCGACUUACAACACAGGCCCACACGGAUACCGCCAACCAACAGCACCUCAACACAUGGCCAGCCCAAAUGAUAUCCGUCAGAGCCAUGUGUUCCCUGGCUAUCAGAAUUAUCCCGCUGUGCCAACUUCACUAGCUCCUUCCAUGGCUCCAUCAAUGCAGGGCGGCUUGCAUCAUCUUGGGCGACCUGGCGGCAAUGCUGCUAUGGCAUCCAAGGACCAGGAUGAAAAGGAUGAAGAAGAUAAUGCGCUCUUCGGAGAAUUGCCCGAGGGAAAACGACGGAAAUUUAUCUUGGUCGAAGACACUCAGAAAAGUGCUCGUGUUCGAGUCAAGGUCACGCUCGAUCAGAUCGAAAUGAGCGAAAUUCCUGAUUCAUACCGCAAGCAAAAUUCGGUCUUUCCACGCGCCUACUACCCGGUCCAGAUGCAAAUUGGUCCGGAAACCACUCGCGGUGAUCGCUGGGUGGAUGAAGGCGACGAAGUGGAUGCAGGCCAACCAACUGUGGGCAAGACAGCCGUUCCCAUAUCAGCCAGUGACGGUGAGGCCGAAGUUGAAGUACCGCAAAUUUCGAGGAGCAAGCGUAGUCGGGAACAAAAACUUAAUGAACUAGGAUACCGCAUGGCGUGGGGACAGGGCCGAGUAUUCUCAGGCCGUCCUAUCUUCCUUGCUCGAGCCUUGGACGCCUACAGGGGCAAACAACGGAGCGCUCUUCUAGCCGCAGGCCAGGAGCCGUCUACCAUUCCUGCCCACUUGGAAACCCGACCUGGCAAGCGGAAGUGGCAAGAGAGAACAAGCAACGUGACACAACCGUUGACACCGCCAACAGCUGCAUCGAACUAA